UAACAUCUCUAAAGAGUGCAAGCGGUGCAGUAAUCAACAGCAACAGCUGAAGAGGAGCGGUUUUUGUCAUGUCGAUCGAUGAUGCGGAGAGAGAUGUGCGUGGGAUUGUUGUCGAUUAAUUUAGGCACAUAACAAAUAUUUGAUUUCUCCAUCUAGGCUGUGGACGUACCAGCCUACUGAUGCACUCUCACUUCCGUUGACGCGAAGCGAGGUUUACUUCGUGAAAGAAUUUCUUCUAAACAUUGACCAGGAUUUUAGGUUAGGACUUAAUCCAUUUCCAGUAGAUGACCUAGAAACUAUCAAUCAUGGAGCGUGGCAAGACUGGGAUUGGUAGAGCUGUAAAAAAUAAAAUUGCUCAGCACCCCUCCGACUUGUUCGCGCUGGGAUCGAAGAGUUCGCGCAAUGAUAAUUCCGAUUCUAAAAGCCGACCAGGUGUUAUCCAUUCCAAGCCAAGCGGCAGCUCGACGUCCUCUGGCAAUGAUCGGAAGAAGGAGGCUCCUUCUGGGUCAUCAUUUAUGUACGUCCCGCAGAAGAAGCCCAAGUUAGCCCACGUCGGCACCCACCAACGGCAACCUUCCUCCAGCGCGGAAGCGUGGGAAGUUUUAGUCAUAGACACCGAUCCCGCGGACUUCGUGCCUCACGCACUCGAGGCUAAUGACAAUGAUGAGGGUGACAAAGUUAUCGGGAUAAUAUGUGGCGCUAUUAAGACGCUGAAGAACCAGAGAUGGAAGCCCGACACGUUACUUUACAUGGGCUUGUUGUAUUUGGCGAAAAUCCGCCCAUCCAUUUUCUCAAAUGACUGCAUACUACACGCGCUGUCGUCCCUGCUAAGGAGGGAUCAGAACAAUCAAAAUAGCUACAAGACUAAAGUGAGCCCGUUGGUUCCUGUACUCGCUGCGAAUCUUCUGAUGAAAGGUUUCCACGACAAGAAGAAUUGGCCAGAAGUAUUCGUCAAGCUAUACGUCGAGGAUGCUCUUGGAGAACGUAUAUGGGUCGAUCACGAGGAAUGCAAGGGCUUCGUCGACAACAUACUGACAGGUUUUAACACAAGGCAUCCGCCCAAGUCCGUGUUACAGCCAGAAUUUCCGGUACUAAUGCAGCGGGAUUGUCCCAGCCCGUCCACGGUGGACGAUGAGGAUCCGGCGGCAUCGACGACAUCGCUGUCUGGGGACAGGGAGAAGAUAGAGUUUCCAGUAGGUCCGCGAUACGCGCAUUGCGUAGAGAAUAUAGAAUCGAUAGUGCUGGAAGCUGUCAAGGAGCAGCUGAACAGACGCCAGGCCGAGACUAUAACGAGAAAUUUCUUGAAACUGCUCUCUUCGGCGUGCGGUUUCGUUGAGAUUAGAAACAUCGCCGUCCCGAGACUGGAGGUGUGGCUGCACAAUCCUAAAUUGAUGAGACCCGCGCAGGAAUUGCUUAUUUAUAUUUGCUACAAUUGCACAUCUCACACGCAAAGGGACGUCGAGGUCAUAAGCCAACUGGUUAAGAUGAGACUGAAAACGAAGGCUGUGAUCAAUCUAUACUUGAAUGGCGUCAAGGAGCUGAUCGGACUGCAUCCGGAGAAUUUGGCCACCAUAUUGAAGCACACGAUUUACAACGAAUUGUCAAAUGCGCGCAAUCCGAACAAUAUGCCUAUGCUGGGUAUAAUGUUUCAGACUUUGCCUGAGCAAGCGGCGAAAUUGCUUGCGGAGAUCUUUCAAGACUUAUUGAUGAAUCGCGAGGACUAUUUGAGGCCAUUACGUGCAUUGCUCAGGGAAAUCGUACGCGUGUGUCGGCACGACAUCAAUCUGAUCGCUUUCGCUCGAACGCUAAUGUCCGAGCGACCGGACAUAGCUCAGCAGCUGCUAAAUUUCGAAUUUAAGGAUCGCAAGUUUAUGUCGAUAAUAGAUUUACUGUGCCUGUGCAUGCUCCUGGCGAUAAGUCCGCAGGUGAAGGAGGCGGGGACGCUGUCGCAACGUGCGGAUAAAAAGGACGCGGCUCUGCUGCACCAAUUUCAAAAUCUCGUGGCCACGAUACAGCACGAGACUGUGCUGUGGCUACAGAACUUGGCGCAGCAGAUGUACAACGUCGGACGAAACGAACUGUUGCACGCGAUGCACAAGAUCUUGCUCUUGGAGUCUCCCGAACAGUAUUACAAGCUGGACAAUUGGCCACCGGAAUCGGAUAGAGUGUUCUACAUACGACUUGUGUCCGAUGUCCCCCUGUUGCAAAGUACGUUGUGGCGUCUGCUAAUGAUCGGUUUUUCGAAGGAGAACGGUAUUACGCACUCGGAAACUUUGGAUCUGGCUGAUCAAUUGAUACGGCGGGCAGCGGCCAACUCGACGGAAAGUUUCCCCAUGUUACAAAUCGAUAAAAUGGAGAUAAUUGACCUUAUUUUUAGUCACAGCACUUAUCAGCCACCGGGAACUAUAAACAUACCUGCUGGGUACUCACCACCGACAUUGGCGAUAGCUAAUCUGUAUUGGAAAGGAUGGAUAAUGCUGUUAAUUUUGGCUGCUCACAAUCCGUUUACGAUUGGCUCGCAAGGAUGGAGGCGAUAUCCUAUAUUGAGGACACUGAUGGAAAUGUGUAUUACAAAUCAUUUCUCAUAUCCGCCGCCGACCAUGGCCCUACCGGAGAUCAUAGAACAAGAACGUACGAAGGAAAUGCAGGUUGAGGCGAUGGAGAAACAGGAGAUACUGGAGUACGAGUCGCAUUUGGCCGCAGCGUCAACCAGAAUCCAGUUAUCCGAGCAAAAUAGUUUCCUGCUGUCGCAGUUGAUCACCAUGGAACCAGAGGGAAUUGCCAGAAGACCGCCACCGGCUGUGCUCGAGCAGAUACAGUCGUUGAACACGUCUCACAGACUAGGGCAUUUGCUCUGUCGAUCACGAAAACCGGAUUUCCUGUUGGAUAUCAUUCAGAGGCAACAGCAGAGUACGUCGCAGAGCAUGCCCUGGCUGGCGGAUCUCGUGCAGAACAGCGAGGGCUCUCUGAGUCAAUUACCAGUGCAGUGUCUCUGCGAAUACUUAUUGUCGACUAGCCCGCAAACGGUCGAGAAGCAGCCCAGACAGCAGCAGUUGCUGGCUCACCUUCAGACACUGCUAACCGACCCGAAUCAGGAUCAGCAGCACGCUUAUGAGGUCCUCGAAUACUUUUUAAGGAGAUUGAGCAGCCAGCAGAGUAGCAGUCGCGUCCAAGCGAUCACUGGACUGAAGAUGGUCUUGGAUUCAAUACCCCUCGAGGAUGAGAGUAUGGACGUGGACGGGGAAAACGAAAAGGAGACAUGGCUGCUGCGAAAGUUACCGUCGAUACCUCACUUCUUGUCGGUACGUUCGCUGGUUUCCACAGCACUACGUGGUGCUUGUCAGGUUGAGAACAGUCCGGAUCUCGUUUACACGUACAUAUCGUAUCUGGCCGUGCAUACUGCCGACGACGAUUUGCCAGACUUGACGGAUUUAGCCAACGAGAUCUCUCAACUGGUUGUCGAACGUAGCACCAUUAUCGCAGCCAUUCUGCCUCAAACCGAGAGCGAUAAUCAGCAAGCCAAGCAAACGUUACACGCGUUCAUGGCGAUCUUCUGUAACUAUCUUGAGAAGGCCCGAUCGCCCAGGGGGGAGGGUUACCAGUGGUCCGAGAGUCAGGAUCAGAUUCUAGUCCAGUGGAGCAACGGUGAGGAAUGCACCAUGCACAUCCUGGUGGUGCACGCUAUGAUUAUACUAUUGACAUACGAUACGUCCGAGGACGACCCGCUGUUCAAUAGUUUGCUGGAAACGUGGUUUCCCUUAACGGAACAACCCAAGGCCUUCCUCGUGGACACUAGCGAGGAGGCAUUGCUUAUACCAGAUUGGCUCAAAUUACGCAUGAUUAGAAGCAACGUGCCUCGUUUAGUCGACGCAGCAUUAAAAGAUCUUGAACCCCAGCAAUUGGUACUUUUCAUCCAAAGCUUUGGAAUACCAGUGUCGUCAAUGAGUAAACUGCUUCACACGCUCGACGCGGGUGUCCAGAUCGAUCCAAGCUCGGUGGGUGAAGCGGUUUUGGAUAAAACGUACAUGGCACAGUUGGUGGAGGUGCAACACCGAAGGGGUGCCACGGGUGGAUUGGUGUUCGUUCAGGUAUUGCAGCUGCUGGAACCGCAACUGCCGGACGAGAGCGUUGUGUCGAUCGGGAGGCUGCAGCAGCCGUUGCCGGCCAGUGCGACGGUGCAGAAGCAAUCCGUCAUACAAUGCUCCGUGAAAACUGACGUGCCCCACUUGAUAAACCGACUUUUCAUCGAGAAUAUUCCGUUGGGACAGAAAAUGGACGCUUAUCGGCGUUUGCACAAGACCUUGGCGAAGGAUCUGCAGAGAUCGUGCGUGAAGGAAAGUGGCGCGGUGGUGCUGGCGAUACAGCACAUAUGCAGCGUCCUCAGUUCUAUGCAGGUCAAGCUGUUCCUGGCCUCGCUUGUGCACAUGCCGCAGUAUUCUUGUACGUUGAUGCGCGUGAUACUGCUUCCGCUCAAGAGGCCGUCAACGUCUAAGCACGUUAUUGAGUUGGCGCGUAAUAUGUGCCUGAACCUGAUAUCGCUGAUAGGCGACGUAAAGGCGCCGGUGCUGUCGAUCCUACGCGACUUCGCUAACAUGCAGCUGACGAAAACGCCUCAACGCGCGGAGCUGUCGAUGCUGCUGCAGAGCCGCGGCGAGAGCCCUGGCUCGAUACUGGAAGGCACGGACUCUGUGAAUCUCGAGGGUAUGGGCCGAAGACUGCUGGAUCUCUGUCUGAAGCAGCAGAAGAACGACGACCUGGUCGAGGCUAUGGCGAGAUUAUUGGUCAGCGAUAGUAACGAAGGCGCGUUGAAACCUCGUACGGGUUUGCUCAUCGAUUGGCUGGCCUCUGUGGAGCCCGAGCUGAUCGGCAUCUGUCCGAAUCUCCAGAUGAAGCUGCUGUUUGGAAAGACGAAGGUGCAUAUCAACAUCGACAAGAACGUUGUGAGCUCGCACUCCUGCAGACCAUACUUGUUAACGCUCUUGACGCACAGAGCGAGUUGGACGACUCUGUACAAGUGCGUCGGCCAUUUGUUAGAUAAAUGCGAUGACGGAUACGAUCCUACUGCUGUUCUGGACUUUUUAUGGGCCUUGACAUGUAAUCCUAAGCUGUGGCAGGGCCGGGACAAGUUCACGCCGAAACAUUACGUUCCUGAGAAUAUUCUGCUGUUGGACGAACGGCAGCUGAUUAAUCUAGUGGCAUAUCUGGUGUCCGAGGCCGUUAUUAUUUGUAAAAUGCAGAACAGAAAUGCCGCCUUAGCGAGGAUGGAUAUAAGACUCGAUCUCCUAUUACAUUGCAUAUCCACCGAAGACGGCCUGAUUUCUAAUGUGGUGAACUAUUUAGCGGAACGUAUGAUGGAUAAUUCAAACGUAGACUCGGCGGAUAUGGCGCAUCAGUUUCUGUUGCACAUGUACAUGAAGAUCCCGAAAGUCAUUUGUUACCUCGACACUUUUCAAGCCAACAAGUUCGUUAACGGCUCGAGGAUAACCGAUUGGACGGGCUCGGUGCUCGAUUGUAUGAGCCACUCCUUGCUGACGGCUCUGGCGGCGACUCCGAGGCAAAAGGCGUGGAAUUCCAAGUCCCAGGAAUUCGAACUCUGCGCGAGAAAAAUGGCUGCGGUACACCCUAUAUUGGUGUUGCGGCAAUUACCAAUGCUAGCGUCCUCCUUGAUGGGACGAUGCUAUCUCGACUUCGGUCCGUUUAGAUCCGGCCACCAUUUGAAUCUUUUCAUGCAAGUUAUGGGGUUGUUAGAGCUGUUGCAGCCGCAUCUGUUUAACGAGCAACACAAAGUUGCGCUGGAGAAUACUUUGGAAAAUUAUCUCCAGUGUUUUCAGAAUUAUGGGCACACAAAGGAUCUCAUCUCCUUGCUGAACAGAUUUGUGUCGUUACUACAGUCGUACGUGUCACACAAUCCACAACCAGCAUUGAAAUAUCUUCAGAAGCACGCAUACGUUUUACAUGAGAUUCAGAUGAAUUAUUCUAACGUGCCUGCAUUGAGGACGCUCGUAUCAGGAAUACCGAUACCGAGAGAGGGAGAAGAUGUAGAUGACAUUUUAAUCACUGUGACUCCUACGCUAUAUCCCCCGGAACCCGCUAUUCCGCAACACUGGCAACCGCUGCUGGCGACGCUCACCAAGUUGCACGGUGAAGACGUAUUAAGUGCGCUACAAGAGAUCGAGCAUGUGGCGAUGCGAAAACCUUCAGUCUUGGAGCCCAUAACGGACAACAUAGCCGAGCUGCUUGUAUCGCCACAGGGCAACAUCAGAACGCUCGCCCACAAUCUACUCGCCAGGGCAUUGAAGUAUCGUCCCGCGUCGAACGCGAAUAUACUGUCCGCAUUCCAAAAGUGCCUGGACAGCCACAGGGCGGACGUUCUUAUGUCAGCCUUGGAAAAACUACCGGAUAUCGUGUUGUGCAUGCAAGAACACGCUUUACCGUUGAUGCAGAGAGUGUUCGAGUUAGGAGUGAACUCGAACGUCAACACGAUACCUUACAUCACGAAGACUAUCGCUCUGUUAAAUACACAGCAAGGUUGUUAACACGUUAGUCCGUUAGCUUUGUAAAUAUUACACGUAAAACUUUUUUACAAUUGAAACAGAAUGACGGGAGAUUUUUUUAUCUCUUUCCUUUCAACAAGUUUAAGCUGUAUAAACAAGAACCCUUUAUAUAAAUGAAAUAUUAGCAAUUAUUUAAGUAUAAAUGGAUCAAUAGAAAAA